UCAACAAGCCGUAGUUUCCUGAUGUUGACUGUACGAUGUAUUUCCUGGAUUUGAUGAAUCUAAAUAGAAUCUGUAUUUGUUUGGAUUUAAUGGCUUAUAAAGCUGUUGGAAUUUUACCUCUGCUCUUUGCGUAUUCAUCUUCCAUUACCAAAAGUAGAACUGUCUGCAUUCGAAACAGGACCGACGCAGGAUCCAGUGCAUGCUGCGACAACUACGAGAAAGACGAAAAUGGAGAAUGCAAUUAUGCAUCAGUUUUUACAACAGUUCCACAGCAUCAGAUUUUGAAUAUCUCAACAUCACCGAUAUAUUUAACAUCUAUUUCAUCCACCACCAAUUUAACCAAUCACUAUACAGUGUUACCUUCAACAAAACCGUCUAUAGCCGUUAGUAAUCCUGAAAACGGACAGUUCAAUUCCAAUUAUUUGAUUGUUGGUGUGGGAGCGUUUAUAUCCGUUCUUCUACUUGUUAUGAUCAUACAGAAGUGUUUGAAAUCAAAAUCUGCACAGCGAAACAUUUCCAAAAGAAAAGUAGAUUACAAUGCACCCGUUGUUAAAUCACGUGACACCGACAAAAAGAAAUAUGGCGGACUUUAUCACUACGGAAACAAAGACCACUUUUAUCAACAAAUGGAGUCUGAUUACCAGGAAAUCGAUCAAUGUCUUGAAAUGGCAAAUAUGACUCCAGGAGGACGAAAACCACCUGGUACAGAAGAAUCCAGUUUGUCAUCUGAACCCAACGACUCUUAUUUAUCACCAAUAGCCGGAAGUGACACGUAUGUUGAGCCAGUGACACAAGAAGCGUAUAUCGAACCACAGAACUUACAACCGUACUUAGAUUCUCAUAAAAUACCUAUGGGAAGAGCAAAUAGCGGUAAUGAACGAUUUCAUUCUUACAUAGAAGUGGUAGAAUUAGGUGAAAUGAACCCAACAGAAACUAUAAGCCAUACAAAUCCUGAUAACGCGCCUCGACUCUCAUCGUCAUAUGAUGAUGUCAUGUGGGAGUGUCCGGCCGUUUGUCAUGAAAUGGAUGAUGGAAAAGACAACUGUUAUCUUGAUGCUGUCUUCUCGUGAUACUUUGAUCAGCUGAUUACGCGAACAUGUUUCGAGUUAUCGCUAAUAAAUGGAUGCCAAAUAUGCUCAAGGAUGUAUUCAUUUUGCUGUAUUUUAUUUUCAUUUUCAUGAAAUGAUUUCAGAAUGUUUACAUAUCUAAUGUUGUGCCUUUAACAUCCCAACAAAUUGUAAUGGUGGCUAUUUAUCUAAUGACUGUAAAUGUAAAGAACAUGCGUGCAGAUAAACAUAAUAAUUCUAUUCUAACGGCUGGGAAUUCCGACAGAAAUAAAUGAGAAUGUUAAUAUGA